AUGUCGUCGGCAACCAUACCGAGGCAUUCUUCUUCUUCGAUCCCCUCCUCCGCUUCACGCAAACGCCAUCCGUCCCGCCAUACUCCCAUGGUCGCUGAUGAUUACGCUCCGCUCGAACUCCCGCUCAAAUGGCGUGAUCCACCGCCGGAAUACCCACCGCUCAAGCUUCCGUUGAAAUGGCGCGAUCCUCCUCCGCUUCAUUGCCAGAUCCGUGUUCCCAAACCUCCAUUUUCUUCAAUUCCCAACACCGCCGUUGAUUCAAACCAUUGCUCAAGUGGCGAUCCGAGAGCCUACAAUUGCUUUAGUUCACCAGAAAUGGCCGUUCCCCAUCCCGCUUCCGCCAUUAGAGAGCUUUCCCUCCACGGCCCAUCUCGCCAAUGCCAAAACUCCUCCGCUCACGGCCCGACCUACUCUAACUCCAGAAGGACGGAUGCAUACGACGUACCAAAAAUGAGCCCUCUCACUUCGCUUUCAGAACCCACUCCUCCACCUUCCCUCCCGCUCUCUCCCCCAAAUCUUACAUUAAAGGUCCAUUCCGCAGCUUGCGUCCAAGACGGUCUCCCACGACCGGACCCCGCCGCUGCCUCAGCUACCUCCCGUGAUCCGACGCAUCUCCCUUUGUCCACACCAUCUGAUCCUCCAACAAGUCCUUCACCGCUAGCUCCUGUUGCUACUACUCCCAACCCUCCUAAUUCUUUGUCACUGCAACUCGCGAUCGGGCCUGAUGCUGAGCUUGACGCCGAGUCUGACACCGAGAUUGACGCCGCGGAAGAGGGAUUAGAUCUUCAGUGGAUCAUGAUGAACAGUGGUGAACCCGUCUGGAUGGAGCUCCAGCUGGAGAUUUGCCAUCUUCCUGCAUUGCCUGCGGACGGCAACAAGGCAGUGCGGGUUCCGGACUCUGCCAUGGAUGGAAAUCAUUCCGACUCCGUCAAUUACUCGGCCCCUCCUACAGCCCGCGCGAGAUCCGGCCCCUGCUGCUCACGCAAGACAGAUGAUGAGCGCGAGCCAGUGCCUUGCGACGAGCGCGAUUCCACGCCUGGAGACGAGCACAUUUCAACGCCUGGCGACGAGCGCAUUUCCGCACCGAAGACAGUGACGCCAGGAGCAAUCGCGAUGCUCCUUUCCAUUGGUGAUCGGCAACUUGAUUUGGAGAAGCAACAGUCUAUAGCUGCAAAAUCUGAGCCUAUGACAGAGAAAACUGUGGAAUCUCUGCCCUUGCCAAUGCAAAUUCCAGGUUAG